AUGGCCACUGGUCUCUCAGCAGAACCACUCUCCAGUCAAAAGCGAUGGGUUGUGAUUUACCCAGCUUACAUUGAUAAGAAGAAGACAACCAAGCAGGGACGAAAGAUUUCUAAACUUUUGGCUGUCGACAAUCCAACCUCUGCUGAAAUUCACGAUGUUCUCGCCGCUGUCGGAUUCAAUCCACUUCUGGAGCGAACAAAAUGUUAUCCACGAGACGGCGAUCGUGAUUUUGAAGUUCAAGGACGUGUUCGAGUUCAGCUGAAAAAUGAUGAUGGAACACCGAAGCAUGCACAAAAAACGAGGGAUGAAGUCUUUAAACUGGCGGCCGAGAUGAUUCCAAAGCUGAAGACACGUCAACCAGGAUAUUCCGCUCCAGCAGUCGCAUCGAGCUCGGGAGCCGCUGGAAAGAAGAAUAAGAAGAAGAAGUAA